AUGGCAAGCUUCCCCGGCGGCCGCCGAGUGCGAUCCCCACAGCGCGGGGCACGAGGGGAGGCUAGAGUGGGGUUGAUUGGGACGGGAGAAGCAGCAGCAGAAUCAGGCGGCUCGCUCUCCUCCUCGACCAAAUCGAGGGCGCCAUGCUCCGCCUCGACAUUAGUGUCCCCAUGCACACCAUGCAAAGGGGGAUGUAGAGUCAUCACCUACAUCAAAGCUCUCGGUGACAUCCCCAACAGCCUGUGA